UUUCAGAUGGAAAGAUACGUCUUCAAGCGCCGCAAUGAUGGGAUUUACAUUAUCAAUCUCGGAAAGACAUGGGACAAGCUUCAGCUGGCUGCCAGGGUGAUUGUUGCGAUUGAAAAUCCCAAGGAUAUUAUUGUACAAUCGGCAAGGCCCUACGGUCAGAGGGCUGUUCUGAAGUUUGCUCAGCACACUGGGGCUAAUGCAAUUGCUGGAAGACACACCCCAGGAACCUUUACCAAUCAGCUUCAGACAUCUUUCAAUGAGCCCCGUCUCCUCAUUCUGACUGAUCCAAGAACAGAUCACCAGCCAAUUAAGGAAGCAGCUCUUGGAAACAUUCCAACAAUUGCUUUCUGUGAUACUGAUUCUCCCAUGCGUUAUGUUGAUAUUGGCAUCCCUGCCAAUAAUAAGGGUAAGCACAGCAUAGGAUGUCUUUUCUGGAUCCUAGCAAGGAUGGUUUUGCAGAUGCGUGGCUCCCUCCGUCCAGGGCAUAAGUGGGAUGUCAUGGUUGAUCUAUUCUUCUAUAGAGAGCCUGAGGAGGCCAAGGAAAAGGAGGAGGAAGAAGCUGCUACAGCGGCGGAUUAUGGAAUUACAGAUUAUUCUGCAGCUGGCGGCCUUGCUGGUGGUCUUGCUGGUGAUCAAUGGCCUGCCCAAGUUUCUGAUGCUCCUUGGCCAACCGAUGCCCCUGCAGCUAUCGCAGCAGCUCCUGUUGUUAGCUGGACUGCAGAACCAGUCGCUGCUGCAGAUGGGUGGGGGGAGCCAGUACCUGUUCCUGCUCCUUUAGUUGAUGGUGCUCCUACUGCAACUGGCUGGGAUUUAUGAAAUUCUAAAGAGUGCUGCUCAUAACAACGUAGUUGAAUCUGUAAUAGACUAGAUUUUCAUUUCUUUCUUUUUGGGUUUCUAAAAGGAUUGUGAUUCCAUUUUGAAAGAUGGAUUGUUUUUGAAACUGUUCUAGAUUGGCUCCCUCUAUUGAAAUACAAACAAUUUUGCAAUUAAACCCAAUAUAAAAUUUUUGGCAA